AUGAGAAUACAACAUCCAAUGACACAUGUUGCAAAUUCUGGUGCUGAGAAUCAAAACUUUCUAGUUGAUGAGAACAACAUUAAAAUGUCAACAGAACCACAACAGAACAAUCAAAUAGGAGGUGGCCUUACUACCGAUGAAACUAGUGAUUGUAUUACAGAAGAUGAGGCAAUAAAUGGAAAUCUCAAGGUUUACAAUUUGCCCGCUUUAAAUAAGACGAAAUUCGACCCCCUCCAAUUCUUACAUUCCAACUUUGACAAAAUUAAGAAAAUUCUGAAAGUCGUCCUGUUGAAAAGACAAAGUGUUAAAUGGUAUUUAACAAUGCAAGUCCGCUUCAAAAAAGAAAAGAAAGAUCAGACGGAAACGGUGGAGCCUCAUUUUCAUGGACGUUGUCAUAUUGCAUUAAAAGUUGAUGAUAUGGAACAAAGCCUACAAGAUAGCAUAAAAAAGAUAAUGACUUCAUUUCUAGAGUAUCAGAGACAGGGUAGCAAUUGGACACUCGAUAAAAUUAUAGGAUUGACCUUAAAUGUCGCCAAGUACAAACCUUUACGAGGAUCAAGUUUUAUCCCACUGCCAAUCAAACUGAGAGUCAAAAAAGCCAUUGUGAAUGUUCAAAAUACAGACCAGAAAUGCUUCCAAUGGGCAAUCUUAUCUGCGCUACACCCAGCAGCACACCAUGCUCAAAGGGUUUCAAAUUACGUUUCAUAUGUUGAUGAACUGGACUUUACUGGAAUAGAAUUCCCAAUGCAGAUGAAGGGCAUUAUUAAGUUCGAAAUCAAGAAUGGCAUAUCUGUCAAUGUUUUUGGUUAUGAAAAAGGAUCUGUUUAUCCCAUUCAUUUGACAAAGCAGCGUUUCGAGCGUCACGUAGAUCUUCUAGUGAUAACGAAUGGACAACGAUCACAUUACUGCUGGAUUAAAAACUUUAAUAGACUUCUAGCAGAUCAAAACAGCGAUCGCAACCAAUAUUUCUACUGCUAUUGUUUACAUGGCUUUACAAAAGUAAAACUGUUGGAAAAGCACAGACCCUACUGCAAAGUGCAUGGAGCUCAAAGAAUAGAAAUGCCUUCAGAGGAAAAUAAGUGGCUGAGCUAUUCUGACGUUUCCAAGCAACAGAAAGUUAGUUUUGUCAUAUAUGCCGAUUUUGAGCGCAUAUCCUCCAAAAUUUCAAUAUGUCAACCCAACGUUUCUAAGCCAAGCACAACUAAGCUAGCAAAACACACUCCUUCGGGGUCUACAUAUAAGAUUGUUGGACCAGAUGACAGUCUUACGGAAGAUCACGUGACAUACCGAGGAGAGAAUGUUGCCGAAACGUUUGUUGAUCACAUGGUGCAAGUGGAAGAAAGGUUGAUUAAAAUUCUCCGGAACCCUUUACCUCUUGAAAUGUCAACAAACGAUGACAACUUAUUUCAAGCUGCUGAAAAAUGCCAUAUAUGUAUGCAAGAAUUGCGUGCAGAUCGUGUUCGCGACCACUGCCACGUAACUGGAAAGUUCCGAGGUGCUGCACAUAAUACAUGCAACCUUAACCUGAAACAACGGGAACGCAUACCUGUAUUAUUUCACAAUUUAAGGGGAUACGACUCCCACUUAAUCAUGCAAGCAAUUGGAAAAAUGAAAAACAAAACCCUGAACUGCAUUCCACAGAACCAUGAAAAGUACAUAUCCUUUUCAAUGGGAAAUGUGGAUUUCAUUGAUUCCUUUCAAUUUCUGUCAACAUCUCUAGAAAAACUUGUGAAAAACCUUUCAAAGGAAGGUGUAGAGAAGUUUAAGCACCUUCAUCACUACAUUGAAAAGCGACAUCCAGGUCAAAUCAACGAAAAGAUGAAUUUACUCAUGCGCAAAGGGGUGUAUCCCUACGAGUACAUGGAUAGUAGGGAAAAAUUUAGAGAAAAAUGUCUUCCAGAGAGAUCAGCUUUUCAUAGUAGUAUUGAUGAUCAGGAUUUGUCAGAAGCUGACUUUUAUCACGCACAGUCUGUUUGGAAAACAUUUGAGAUGUCCAACUUAGGAGACUACCACGAUCUCUAUAUGGAAACUGACGUCAUUCUUUUAGCUGAUGUAUUUGAAAAUUUUAGAAAUCUUUGUCUUCGUAUUUAUGGACUAGACCCAGCACACUUUUACACUGCCCCGGGACUGGCAUGGCAAGCGGCUCUAAAAAUGACAGACGUCCAUUUAGAACUUUUUACAGACCCUGACAUUCAUUGA